AUGAAAUGCUCAGCUUGUCAAGUCGAUAAGUUAACAAAUGAAUUUCCACCAACUAGAGUCACCGAUAAAUGCGAGCAUAUUUCCAAUUUAUGCUUGCGGUGUCUUAUCGCUAAAGUCGAGAAACAAUCCCCCUCAACAAAGUCUCGUUGUGUGGAAUGUGAUUCUCCCAUGAAUGAUAAGGAAAAAGAAUUUAUUAUAACGAGUUGGAAGACUGCCACAUUUAAACUUGAUCAUGAAAUUGAUCAUUUAUCGCAAAAUCUUCAUAAUAAGAUUGACGGGGAAAAUAUACCAAAGAAUGGACACCUGUAUGUGGUGCUCUUGAAUGGACAUAAACUUAAAUUGGAUCUGGCAAAAGUUCCAACUGUUCUCGCAUUAAAAAAACAAAUUCAUUUGGAACUUGGUGAUUAUCAAAGCAAAUUAUCAAGUUAUGGUAUUCGUAAUGAUAGUCAUGUACAACUUAUUGUUGUUUUGUAUUCCAUUAGCGAAGCCGAGUCCAUUCAAUCUUUAGUAUUUGAUCUUAAUUGGGGUUUUCCUGCUAGUGGUCAAGACUACCUUGAUGGUACUUGUAUGGUCUAUGGUGGGGUCGAACUUCUCAAGAUUUUUGAUUACGGACAUGUAAAUCAUCAAGAUUUUCCAGAUAUGAAACAUUCCGGUGAUGUGAUCGAUUCCGCGAAUCAAAGAGGAAGUCACCAAAUUACCGCGAAACUCGACAAGCUUCCUGGAAAUGUCACCCAUCUUUACUUUAUUCUAAGUGCAUGGAACUGCGACACCAUUGGCAAGUUCAAAACACCUAUGUUUAAAAUGUGUGACGAAUCGCGUCCGGAUAAACAAUUAUGUGAUUACACUCUUAAGGAUGCGGCUAAUUCUCAAGCAGUAAUAAUGUGUUAUGUAAGGCGUGCAGAGGAUGGUACAUGGCAGGUAAUCCAAGUUGGCAGACUAUCACGUGGCAAUGCUAAAAAUUACCAACCUAUUCGAGAUACUAUUAGGGAUUUAGGAAUCAUGUGA